AUGGGUCGACCAUUCAAGCACUACCUCCAAGGAGCCCGCAUCUACAGCUGUAGUAAUUGUCGGAGUCAUGCUGCGGACCACGACGAGAUUAUAUCCAAAUCUUUUCAGGGGCGGCACGGUAGGGCGUAUCUUUUCUCAAACGUAGUCAAUGUUAUGGUAGGUCCCAAGGAAGACAGGCUGCUCAUCACGGGACUUCACACCGUGGCAGAUAUUUACUGCGCUGAGUGCCACGAGGUCCUGGGGUGGAAGUACGAGAAGGCGUACGAGGACUUGCAGAAGUACAAGGAGGGAAAAUUCAUUCUGGAGAAGGCUAAGCUGCUGAAAGAAAAUUGUGGUCGCCACUUUCUUCUCAAUAUACUUCCAUGGCGUCCACUGCAAGCAGAUGGGUUAAGCCCGAGGUUUACCCGCUCCUCGCGGCAGUGGGAACUGCAGCUGGGCUCUCCAUCUUCGCACUGA